AUGCAGCAUCCCAGUAUUUAUGGAUCAUACAGUCUGUGUAGCUCCCAAAUCUUUGUAUUGGAUAUGCUUCAGGUUUUUGGUUUAGCGUCUAAAAUCUACCUUAUACAGAUGGUAUUUACAUGUGUUUCUCUGUGUUGGGAAAUGAAUGUUCUGCCCUGUGUCACUGAACUCAGGACCUACUGCAGCUCUGUGAUUGCUGAUCCAUGCUUGACUGCCUCAAGGGAUCCUGGCAAAAUGGCAUCUUCCAGACUUCCCAUCCUUCUAGUAUUUGCAUUUUCCUCUUUGUCCUUUGUUCUUUCCCAUUCAAACAGGGAGAUGUGGUUUCAGGAUUUCUUUCCACCUAAUGUGUGCCCUAUAAAUGCCAAAGCCAACACUUUUUAUGGCAUAAUGUUUGAUGCAGGGAGCACUGGAACCCGGAUUCACAUUUACACCUUUGUGCAGAAGAACCCAGAAAACCUUCCAGAGUUGGAAGGGGAAAUCUUUGAGUCUGUGAAGCCCGGUCUUUCUGCAUAUGCUGAUCAGCCUGAAAAGGGUGCUGAAACUGUCAAAAGAUUGCUGGACAUGGCCAUAGAUGCUGUGCCACCUCAUCUCUGGAAGAAGACUCCAGUAGUGUUAAAAGCCACAGCUGGACUGCGCUUGAUGUCAGAGGAGAAAGCUCAGGCUCUGCUUUUAGAGGUGAAAGAAGUCUUUGAGGAAUCACCAUUUCUUGUUCCAGAAGACAGUGUUAGCAUCAUGGACGGAACUUAUGAAGGAAUUUUAGCGUGGAUCACUGUGAACUUUUUGACAGGGCAGCUGUCUGGCCAGAACCAGCAUACUGUUGGGACUCUGGACUUGGGAGGAGCCUCAACCCAAAUCACAUUCCUGCCACGUUUUGAGGAAACUUUGAAGGAAACCCCUGGUGAUUUUCUUACCUCAUUUGAUAUGUUUAAUAGCACCUACAAGCUCUAUACCCACAGCUAUUUGGGGUUUGGACUAAAAGCUGCCAGACUAGCAACGCUUGGAGCUUUGAAUAUGGAAGCUGUGGAUGGACAAAUGUUCCGCAGUUCUUGUUUGCCGAAGCAGCUGGAGGCAGAGUGGCACUUUGGGGGAGUGAAAUACCAGUAUGGUGGCAACAAAGAAGGAGAAACAGGAUUCAAGCCUUGCUACUUGGAAGUGCUCAAGGUUGUCAAAGGGAAACUGCACCAACCAGAUGAGAUUCGUGGAAGUUCUUUCUAUGCUUUCUCCUAUUACUAUGAUCGAGCAGUUGACACCAACCUAAUUGAUUAUGAACAGGGAGGUGUUUUGGAAGUGAGAGAUUUUGAAAGGAAAGCCAAAGAAGUCUGUGAUAACAUGGAGAGGUACAACUCAGCCAGUCCGUUCCUCUGCAUGGAUCUCACUUACAUCACAGCUUUACUAAAGGAAGGCUUUGGAUUUAGGGACAACACACUCUUACAGUUAACAAAGAAAGUGAACAACAUAGAGACAAGCUGGACUUUGGGUGCUACCUUUCACCUACUGCAGUCUCUGGGGAUAACCUAUUGAGCUGUGACAUUCCUGUGGACUUCAGCAUUUCUGAAAGGCUGAGAAAGCAAA